AAGAACAACGUUACGCGAAUUUUUGGUGAGCAUAUUUUUUCCUUUUUUUUUGAAAUGAAUUUUUUUUCCGUAUGGAAUUUGUCAACAAUUCAACAAUAAUAAAAUGUCCAUAUGGACCAAUUUACGGAUCACAUUGUUAAAAUGGAAUGAUCGAUUGAAUUUUGUUGAAAAAUUCAUCAUAUUCAUACUUCUAGUCACCUUUUUAUUUCCGCUUACUUUACCGAAUUCAUAUCAUUUUGGUUAUGUUGAAAUUCAACCACCAAAACUAUUAUGUCCGCACAAACAAUUUGAUUUGCACAAAAAUGCCUACGGAUAUUUUAAUAAUUCUGAACAAUUAGCCGCUGUUAAUUAUGGUGGCCAAUAUAGUAAUCACUGUGAUUCGAAACGUAAACAACGUGUUGCAAUUAUUGUGCCUUUUCGUAAUCGAACCGAGCAUUUAAAAAUAUUCUUACAACAUAUGCACAGUUUUCUUAUCAAACAAAAUCAAAUCGAUUAUCAGAUUUUUAUUAUUGAACAGGCUGAUGAUAAACCAUUUAACCGAGCCAAUCUGUUGAACAUUGGUUUUCAAGAAUCAAUUGGUCUUGAUUCUAAAAUUGAUUGUUUUAUAUUUCAUGAUGUCGAUAUAUUACCUAUGAAUAUUGAACAGACAUAUUCCUGUACUAAAUUGCCCAAACAUUUGUGCUCUUAUCUUGAUAAAUUUCGUUUUGUUCUAAUUUAUCCCACAUUGUUUGGUGGUGCUAUUACUAUAAGUGCUGAACAAUUUCGUCAAGUAAAUGGUUAUUCAAAUCUGUAUAGUGGAUGGGGUGGUGAAGAUGAUGAUUUCUAUCAACGAGUUCAACAUCAAUUUGGUCUAAUCGAACGAUAUCCAUCCAAUGUUGCUCGAUGCAUAAUGAUUAAACAUGGCCAUGAUGGACCAUCAAAUGUUGAACGACAAAAAUUAUUGGCUGAUGUUUUAGGAAGAAUGUCUAUCGAUGGCCUAUCAACAUUAAAUCAAACAUACGUACGAAAAUCAAUUGAAUCUUAUCCAUUGUAUACGAAAAUUCGUGCCGAACUCAAUUGAUAAACAAAACAAAUAAUCAUAAUCAAACUCAAAGUAUUUUGUCUUUAUUAGCAAAUAUCAUGAAAUAAUGCAGUUACUAAAUAAAAAAAGAAUAAAUCAUAGUAUUAUU